GAUUUUGAAUCUUGGAGGCCGUUGGAUGGGAAUGUCUGGGUUGUUGCAGCGCGAGAACUGAAAAGUGACACGGCCCUUCUGGAACUUCUUUCCCGUGCUUUGGGAUUGAACCUGCAACCUUGGCUCUAACCAACUAAACUACCUGCACAGGAAUCAUUUCCUCCAAUUUUAAGUGUCCACAGACUACCACCCUUAUCGGGAACUAUUGGUCUAAUUGUGUAAAAGUAAAAUGAAUGAAAAAAAACCUGGUGACUCACAGACUCUUGCUUGUGUUUUCUGUCGAAAAAAUGAUGACUGCCCUAAUAAAUAUGGAGAAAAAAAAACUAAUGAGAAAUGGAACCUCACUGUCCAUUACUAUUGUUUGUUGAUGUCAAGUGGAAUUUGGCAGAGAGGUAAAGAAGAAGAAGGAGUUUAUGGUUUUCUAAUAGAAGACAUAAGGAAAGAAGUGAAUAGAGCUUCCAAACUGAAAUGCUGUGUUUGCAAGAAAAGUGGUGCUUCAAUUGGAUGUGUUGCACCUCGAUGUAAACGAAGUUAUCAUUUCCCAUGUGGACUUCAAAGAGAAUGUAUUUUUCAAUUCACUGGCAAUUUUGCGUCGUUUUGUUGGAACCAUCGACCUGUUCAAAUAAUUACACCUAAUAAUUAUAGAGACUCAAUACCAUGCACCAUUUGCUUGGAAUUUGUUGAGCCUAUUCCAACUUACAACAUACUACGAAGUCCUUGUUGUAAGAAUGCUUGGUUUCACAGAGACUGUUUACAGGUUCAAGCAAUAAAUGCAGGAGUGUUUUUCUUUAGGUGCACAAUAUGCAAUAAUAGUGACAUGUUUCAGAAAGAGAUGCUGAAAAUGGGAAUUCAUAUUCCUGAAAAAGAUGCAUCUUGGGAAUUAGAGGAAAAUGCUUAUCAAGAGCUUCUGCAGCACUAUGAGCAUUGUGAUGUACGAAGAUGUCGUUGCAAGGAAGGGAGAGACUAUAAUGUGCCUAAUAGCAAAUGGGAAAUAAAGCGCUGUCAGUGUUGUGGUUCUAGUGGAACACAUUUAGCCUGUUCCUCACUACAGUCAUGGGAACAAAAUUGGGAGUGUUUGGAAUGUAGAGGUAUUCUCUACAAUUCAGGGGGUUUCCAAAAAGCCAAAAAACAUACAUUACCCAACACUAACAAUGUUGGAAUAAAUGAUUGUUUGUUGGAAGGAUCAUCACCUAAAUUACCCAGACAGUCACCUGGAGCCCAGCAUAAAGAUCUGCUGAGGCAAGGCAACAAAUUUAGAAGAGACAUUUCAACAAUAAUUAUAGAGUUAGGGUUUCAGAUUGUUAAAAAAACUAAAAGAUUCUAUAUCAACAAAGCGGACAUCUGGAAUAGUGCCCUAAAUGGAUUCAGAAAUCAAAAGUUUAAUCCUUCAUACACAAUUGAAGUAGUAUAUGUUAAUGAAAAUGAUAAUUUUGGAAUAGAGCAUUCUGGAUCAAAGCAAGAAUUUCUAAGUCGUUUAAUGCACCAUCUUGAGAACUCACCAUUGUUUGAAGGGUCCUUGUCAAAGAACUUGUCCCUAAAUUCUCAAGCUCUCAAAGAGAAUCUUUACUAUGAAGCUGGCAAAAUGCUUGCCAUUUCUUUGGUACAUGGGGGUCCUUCACCUGGUUUCUUUUCUAAAACUUUGUUUAACUGCCUUGUUUAUGGACCAGAAAAUACCUUACCAAUUUUCGAUGAUGUUUCAGACUUUGACGUGGCACAGAUUAUAAUCAGGAUAAAUACUGCAACAAAUAUAGCUGACUUAAACUCAGUUAUGAAUGAGUGCUAUAGCUACCUAGAGUUUAUUGGAUGUCUAAGACUUAUAACAUCAUUAAGUGAUAAAUACUUACUGGCAAAAGAUAUACUUGCUUACCAUGUAAUUAAGAGAGUCCAAGCACCUUUUGAAAGUUUUAAGCAGGGUCUGAAAACUCUUGGUGUUUUGGAGAAAAUUCAGACUUAUCCGGAAGCAUUUUAUAGCAUCUUUUGUCAUAAACCUGAGAAUCUUUCUGCAAAAAUCCUUAGUGAUCUUUUUACAGUACACACAUUAUCUGAUGCACAGUGUUUGGGGUUUUGGAACAGUUACUUACAGGCUGUUGAGGAUGGUAAAUCUGCAACAACAAUGGAAGACAUUCUUGUUUUUGCAACUGGUUGCAAUUCCAUUCCACCUGCAGGAUUUAAACCCACUCCUUCAAUUGAGUGCCUCCAUAUAGAUUUUCCUGUUGGAAACAAGUGUAAUAACUGUUUAGCUCUUCCAAUCACCAAGACAUAUAAAGAAUUUCAAGAAAAAAUGGACUUUGCCAUAAGAAACACUCUAAGACUAGAAAAGGAAGAAAGUUCUCAUUAUAUUGGACAUUAACAUGUUUUGAACAAAGAGAUGCUUCUUUAAAAGCUGCUAUGGAUAUUUUUGUUUCAAGAAUCUGUCCAUCAUCACUGUUGAACACACUUCUGAGCUUCUUGGUCCAAUAAAAUUG